AUGAGUGGACCUAAAUUUACUAGUAAUACACCAGAUCCGAGUGGAACUAUUCUAAUAGCCACUAAGUCUUAUUCACGCCGUAUGGAUGAUGAAAUAACGAUAAAACCAGGUAAUAAGAUUGAAGUCAUAACUAACGAUGAAGAAUUUAACGAUGGUUGGUAUGUAGGACGUAAUAUAGAGACGGGUCAAGAAGGUUUAUUUCCUAGAUUAUUUACUGAACGGUAUAUUAAACCAACAACACGAGAUAGUAUACCUGAACGCCAAGAAAGGAUAGUUUCUGUGAAAAAUACAAUGGAGGAUAUAGAUAACGCUUUGGCAGCAUUAAGGAAUAGCUCUCUAGAUAUGCUAUCUACUGAACAGGUCAUGUCAAAUAAUACAUCAGAUUUACGUAGUUAUGAUCUUAAUGAUAAUGACAGUGCAUCGUUAUAUACACCAGGUCUUCAAAUUGAUGAAACAGAACAAAUACCACCUUUAAAGACCCCUUCAACGUUCAAUGGUAACAAAGAGGAUGUUGUCAAUUGGACUCCAUCUCAAGUAACUGAAUAUUUUCAUUCCAAAGGAUUUGAACAACAGGUGGCUUCAAAAUUUGAAAUGCAUGGCAUUAAUGGGAAAAAAUUAUUAGAGUUACAAUUAUCUAAUUUGAAGAAAAUUGAAAUAAACUCUUUUGGUGCAAGAUUUGAAGUAUUUAAAGUGAUAGAUGCAUUAAGAGCUCCUGUAAUUAGACCAGCGACCCCAGUCCAUCAUACAAUGCCGACAGAUGGUUUAGCUAUUAGUUCAGAGACUGAUAUUUUUGAAUCUCCGGGAAGAGCACCUAACCCACCUUCAUACCCAAGUCCCGUGCAACCAUUGGUCUCUCCUUCCUUGAAUAAUAGAAACAGCAUGAUGGCAUCCUCUCCAACCUUAAGGUAUCCAUCACAGGAUUAUUUCAAAUACCCACCCAUUUCAGAAGAAGGUAACGGACCUAAUACAAUUAAUGGUAGCUCUUAUAACUUUCCAAGAACGAGAUCGCCAGCUUUAUCACCACAACAUACCAGAUCAAGCUCGACUUCUUCUUCAUUUAAUAAUAAUGAUAAUGGGAAUGUUAGUACAGUGGUUGGUAGUCGUGAUGUGUCAUCCUAUGUUUCCAAAUCAAUGUCGAGCACAACAGGUCCCGUCACCAGUGAUAGCACUAAAAAUGUAAUGUUACGCCAAAGCCAACAUAGAAAGACUGCAUCUGGGGGUUCGUUUGUUGACUUGUUUAAAAGAAUCUCCAUGUUGUCCACAAAUGAUGAAGAUUUUGAAGGAGAUAACACUUUGACUAACGCAUAUAAUAAUACUUCAAAUCAUCCUACUAGACCAUCUUCGACCGUAUAUCAUUCGUCUCACUCCAGAAAUGUUUCAGAAGCAAAGUAUCAUCAUCAUAGCACAAGUACAAGUAAACAUCAUCCUAGGACCCCAUCGACAUCCAAUUUUAUGAAUGAACAUUCAAGGUCUCCAUCUAAAACUAACAUAAAUAUGUUUACGUCAGGUGCUCAUUCCCGUACUCCAUCUGGUAUCAAUAAUCAUAUAACGCAUUCCAGAACACCGUCUGGUAUAAACUACAAGGAUACACAUCUACGGACACCUUCUGGAAUUAAUUAUACUAGUAAUAAUGGUAGCAGCGGUCAAAGACAUAGUCAUAUGAGGACUCCUUCAGGAACCACUAACGAUGGUGGGCAUUCAAGAUCUGCAUCCGGUAUUAAGUCACAUAUCAGAGGGGUAUCUCAGGGUAACUCUGAAAUUAAAAAGAGUAGAAGAUCGUCUGUUUUAUCCUUUUUAUCUCCAAGUAAAAAAGAUAAUGAUACAAAUUUGACCAAAUUAGACAGCUAUCCGAGCAAUAGAGAGAGUCUUCCUAACAAUAAUAGAAAAAUUUCUCACUCCAGAAAGAGUUCAGCUGCAAUAAAUUCAGUAAGACAUCAGAGUCUAAGCAAUGAUGCGGCAAAUACCACAAUCGGUACCAUAACGUCAAGUGCAAGCAAACCUAAACUACCUCUACAGAAAAAGGUUACAGGCGAUAAUGCAAAGUCUAAAGGGAUGUUCACCUUGCAACCAUCCGCCAAAAAACAAACAUCGGCAUUCCAGGAAGGUAUUCGUACUAUUUCGGUGGAUAAAGCUAUUAAAAGUGCAGAGUGUGCCGGUUGGAUGAGUAAAAAGGGUAGUGGUGCUAUGGGUGUGUGGAAGACUAGAUUUUUCACAUUACACCGCAACAGACUUUCUUAUUUCUCAAAUACAACCGAGGGAAAGGAGAAAGGUUUAAUUGACAUCACUGGACAUAAGGUUGUUCCUAUUCAAGAUGACGAUACUUUGAUCUCCUUAUAUGCAGCAAGUAUUGGUCGUGGUAAAUAUUUUUUCAAGCUUGUUCCACCACAACCUGGGUUCAAGAAAGGUCUGACGUUCACACAACCACGGGUUCACUAUUUUGCUGUUGAUUCGAAAGAAGAAAUGAGACAAUGGGUUGCUGCCCUAAUAAAGGCCAACAUCGAGGUUGAUGACUCGACACCUAUUAUAUGUUCCUAUAAUAUGCCGACUGUAUCAUUAAGUAAGGCUCAAGCUAUGUUAAAAGAGGCUAAGAAAGAGAUGAGUGAAAGAGACAAAGAACAAGCCCUUCAUGAAGCAGAUGAGGAUGAAGUGAUGUGGGAAGAACAGAACAAGAGGAAUCAAAUGCAAGCUGCUGGAUUUAUCUGA